UCCCUCGCAACGCGUUCAGUACAAGCCUCUGGACGCUUCCCGAAACGAGAUUCGAGUAUUGUCCUUCGAGCCUCCCUCGACACCCGACGACUUGAGUGGUCGCCUAGAUCGCAUUCUAGGUCUACGUCUCGGUCCCUUGCGCCUUACACUUGA